AUGGUCCAUUUGAUCUUGACCGGGGCUACAGGUCUAGUUGGGUCGUCUGUUCUCUCACACAUUCUCUCCCUGCCGUCAAGCAGUACACCUGUCAUACACAAGCUAUCAAUCAUCAGUCGCUCCAGCUCAAUCCCCUGGCUGUCCGCCACUCCCCCUCCCGGAACGCCAAAUGUGAACAAGCACACCAAGAUCGAAGUCAUCGAGCACAAAGACUUCGACUCGUAUCCGCCUGAGCUGUUGGAGAAGCUGAAAGGCGCCGAUGCUUGUAUAUGGGCCUUGGGCGUGAGUCAGAACGACGUCUCUAAGGAGCAGUAUGUGAAAAUCACCAGGGACUAUACCUUGGCGGCAGCCAAGGCAUUCUCCUCGCUGCGAGAGUCCGCGUCGGCCUCUCCUGAAAGCAAACCCCAUGGCAAGGAAUUCAAAUUCAUCUACGUCUCGGGCGAAGGCGCCACUCUACACCCGCGCCCCUGGACACCCCUGUAUGGACGCACCAAAGGCGAAACAGAACACUCUCUCCUCAAACUCUCCAAGACGCCGCCUUACUCCAAUCUCCUCUCGGUCUACUCGAUCCGUCCCGCUGCCGUGGAUGGCAGCUACCAGCCCUGGCUGUGGGACCAGAUCCUGAGGGAGAAGCGAACGGCCUUCCAGCGCUUUUACUUAAAAACCUUGAUGGCGCCGAUUCGAUGGGGGUUCUUUGGAGAGGCAAUGCACAGUCCAACCGACGAGCUGGGGAGGGUACUGGUGGAGAUGGCAGUAGGAGAGCAACGAGGGCCCUUUGAGGUCGGGGACGGUGUGGACAAAGAAGGAGAAGGGCGGAUGGUGGGGAAUAAGAGGUUGAGGAUGUUAGGAAGAGGGCAGGGAUGGUGGAAAUAG